CCCACCUCACUCUCUCACACACAGACCCUAUACACACACUUGCAUGCACACACAUAAGAGUCUGCCUGAACACGUCCAGAGGGAGAGGAUGAAUCGAGCUGGAGAGUGUUAUUUCUUUUGCCUGUGUGUGUCUGUCGGUGUGUGUGGUGGAAGCGGAGUCCACUGAGGGGCUGUGUGUCUUAGUUCUGACCGGGAGCUGAAACAGUGAUUAUAGACUAGAGACUAGGUGUGGCAAGAUGGGGCGGCGUCAAAGGCUUUGUCUGUAGUUCCCGUACAGCCCACCAACCAGGACGAGGCUCUCCGCCUGUCUAUCAGAGUCUGUCCCGGAGCCACGCUCAGUCUGGGAUUGAAAGAGCCGCUGCAUGCGCAUGGGGCUGAACCACUCUUGAACCGGGACCUAAACCACGGGGAAUAGGACAAGCACAAGUUCAAGAAGCUCAGUGGAAUCUGUGGAACAAGCAACAAGGGCAUGAGCAAGUGAAGAGCUGCCGGCGUGGAUUUCUGUUUUCUUUUUUUAACCCUCAUUUAUUGUUGUUUUUGUAACAUAUGACAAAGAUCUUCUAAAGAGGAACCAAAGGAGCCAGACUUCUGUGGAAUAACACAACCUUUUGAAGAGUCUUUUCUUUUAUUGGAAUUCUGAAAGAUUCUCUUGUUUUUCUUCAUUUAAAGGAUGCUAUUUCAAUGAUAAAACCAUUUGGAAUAUGGGACUUUUAAUCUAUGAUUUGCACCAUGGGGACAGGCAACUAUGUUUUUUUGCUCAACUCUGGGUAAUUUUGAUAACUCUUGCAGGAAAAGUUUCUCCAACCAGCUCAGAUGCCCUCCUCAGUUCUUCAGCGAUGACGGCCAGUCCUUCACCUCCCAGUGUGUACCUCCCCGCCAACUUCAAAAUGUCCAAUGCACAACUGGCUUUCUUCUUGCGGGAGGCUCAGAUCACAGGACCAGGUGUUGGCGGCAGCGGUAAGAGCAGCGGCAGCAGCUCCAGCUCUGGACACCCGCUGCAGCGCUCAGAGAGUUUUGUGGUCUUUCAGACAAAAGACCUCCCUGCCAUCAACAUAAGCUUUGGGCCCUUUGCCCGGGACCAGGCCCUGUCCAAAGAGCUACUGCAGCCAGCCAGUCCACUGGAUAUUCCUGGACAGCUGACAGUCAACUGGAAGGUGAGAGCCUUCAUUGUCCAGGCCCGGGUUUUCUCCAACAACCCCACAGUCCAGGUGUUUUUCUACAUUGCUGGUCGUGACUGGGAUGACUUCAAGGCUCAGGACAAGCUGCCGUGCGUCCGCCUGCACGCCUUUAGAGAUGUCCGUGAAAUUAAAACCUCCUGCCGCAUGAAAGGAAACCUGGCUCAGUGCUUGGCCCAGCUGGAUCUGCCUCCAUCCUGGUUUAACACCAAUGUGGCUCCUCUGGGUCGGAGGAAAGGUUCCAGUGAUGCACUCCUGGAUGGCCUAACCAGUGAGACCCUUCAGGCCGAGCUCUACUACACACUCCAUGAGCCUAACCUGGAAGGGGAGUGCAGUGAGGGCUCAGGUCAUAGGGGAGGUGGUGCUUCCAGAGGAGAACCUCUGUCACAGCACCCCCUGCUGCGCAUCGGGAGCAUCAGCCUCUACCAAACCAGUCAAGAGCAGCUGCUGGUGGACAAGCAGUUAGACAAAAACAUGUUCCUCAGGUUGCCUGAGAAACCCCUAAAACCCGGUGAGACCCUCAGGAUCUUCCUCUACCUGAUGCCCAACUCCACUGUCGAACAGUUCACCCUCAAGGUCAAAGCCAAGAAAGGGGUGAACCUGCUCCAGACCAAGUCAAAGAAUGCCCAGUGGAAGGUGGACUGGGAGGUGCAGUCUGGAGCCAAGCAUUCCAUCACCACCAUCGACGUGAACAAAAACAAAGCAGUCAAACAGGGGGAUGUGUUGGGCAACGUCGAGGUCAUGCAGCUGGAUUUUGAGAUGGAGAACUUUACCAGUCUGUCUGUGACACGAAGGAUCAACUGGAAUAUUGACUACAAAGGCCAGAACCCACCUCCAGACUCGGAGAAAGUCGUGACUGAGCUGACAGUCGUGCAGAAGGACAUUCAGGCUAUCAUCCCCCUCGCAAUGGACACUGAAAUCAUCAACACAGCCAUUCUGACUGGACGCACUGUGGCCAUCCCUGUUAAAAUGGUCUCCAUAGAGAUGAAUGGAGCGGUCACUGAUGUCUCAGCCUUUGUCCAAUGCAAGUCCUCCAAUGAAGACAUCGUUAAGGUGUCCAUGAAUUGCGAUUACGUGUUUGUCAACGGGAAAGAGACCCGGGGCUCCAUGAACGCCAGGGUCAUCUUCAGCUACGAGCAUCUGAGCGCCCCGCUGGAGCUGACGGUCUGGGUGCCCAAACUCCCCCUGCAGGUGGAACUGUCUGAUUCUAAUCUCAGCUUCAUCAAAGGAUGGAGGGUUCCCAUUCUGCCCGAUCGAAGGAGCACCAGAGACAGCGAUGCAGACGAUGAGGAAGACGAGCGGCGGGUGAGUCGAGGCUGCACCCUGCAGUUCCAGCGGGCCCUGGUCAAAGUCCUGACCCAGUUCCACACCACGUCCACCGAGGGCACCGACCAGGUCAUCACCAUGCUGGGCCCGGACUGGCAGGUGGAUGUCACAGACCUGGUCCAGGACUCCCUGAAGGUGGCCGACCCCCGGAUAGCGGAGCUGGUGGACCGGACGGUGCUGGUGGGCUUGGAGCUGGGAUCCACCGUGCUGAAGGUGGAGUCUCCGCUAGCUGUGGAUGCAGUUCUUGGAGAGUCACCGUUCUCCGUCACAGAUGACAAGGUUUCCAUCACUGAGAUGCGGGUUCACGCUGUUUCAGGCCUCACCAUGUCACUGCAGCCCAGUCCUGGAAACAGUCACACCAUGGUGGCCAAAGCAACAGGCAUCCAGACGCUGACUGCACCCAAACAGGAGGCCAGUUUGUCCAUCUGGAUGCUUUUCAGUGACAACACAGCUGCCACUCUGACUUACUUUGAUCCCAAAGACUACAACCUCAAUGCCUCCACACUGGAUGAUAAAGUCGUGUCGGUGUCCCAGGAGCCUCAGCAGCGCUGGCCUGUGGUGGUGGCAGAAGGGGAGGGAUCUGGCGAGAUGGUGCGUGUAGAGAUGACCAUCUGCGAAGCCUGCCAGAAGACUAAACGCAAAAGUGUCAUCUCGUCUGCCACAGUUUAUGUCAAGGUCCGCUUUGGCCCGGAGGAAGACUCUGAGGAAGAGGUAACCACCGAGGGGGAGAUUGAGCUGGCUCCCAUCACUCGGCGUCCAGUCAUUGAUCCGAACAUCGGUGUAAAAAUUUAUGAGACGUCUAAUGAGCAGCCAGCCAGUGUUCCCAUUGAUUACACCAAUUUCCCCACUAUUAGCAACGAGGAAAGACCGACAGAGAGUGAUGAAGAGGACGACUUUGUCCACUCACCUCGCAACAUGACCGACCUGGAGAUCGGCAUGUACGCUCUGCUCGGCGUCUUCUGCCUGGCUAUCUUAGUCUUUCUCAUCAACUGCAUUGUUUUCGUUCUCAAAUACCGCCAUAAGAGGAUUCCACCCGAGGGUCAGGCCAACAUGGACCACUCCCACCACUGGGUGUUCCUGGGUAACGGCCAGCCGCUGAGGGCCCAGUGUGAUCUAUCUCCGCAGCAGGUGGAAAGUCCCAGUAACCCUCUGGAAAGCGUACAGACUUGUUGCCAUGGGGACCACCACAGCAGCGGCAGCUCCCAGACUAGUGUUCAGAGCCAGGUACACGGGCGGGGUGACGGCAGCUCCGGGGGCUCGACGAAGGAGAACGGCGAGGAGGCCAACUCACCAACCUCCAAGCGCAAGCGAGUCAAGUUUACCACCUUUACUACCCUUCCCACAGAGGAGCUGCCCUAUAACUCCAUCCCCAUAGCAGAUGAAGAAGACAUUCAGUGGGUUUGCCAGGAUAUGGGUUUUCAAGACCCAGAGGAACUGCACGAUUACAUGCGCAGAAUAAAAGAAAUAGCCUGAGACAAGAGGUGCAGCUCUCUCAGCUUUCUAACGAAACGUUCCUUUCUAUUUUUCUCUUUUUCACCUAAGUGAAAGAUAAUUUUUCACAGACAAAAAGGCCAACUAUCAAUUUGGUUAGGGUUUGUUCCAUUUAGUUUGCACAGUGCUGUCUCAUACACGCUCACUCUUCUCAGAAUGGCAAAAGUGAAUGCAAGUAAGCCAAAGACUCGACCAGAGGAUCUCAAUCAGUAGAGAAACCUGUACACCUUGGCUGCAGCGUUUGUUUCACUGGGAAGCUGAGCUAUAGUCAGCUCAUGUAUUUUCAGAUUUUGAUUCUAGAGAACGCCUGAUAUGGACAGGAGUGUAGAAAACGGUCUGGUAUGUGGUUACUGGGACUCUGUAGUACUGUACUCCAAACAAUAGAGGCCUUUGAUGAACUCAUUACUGUCAAAGACUCUAAUGAAAGCUAUGUUUAAACAGUCUUUUUGUUUUUGCCAAAGUAGGAAAAGUGUUCUUUUAAUGGCGAAAUUUUCUUCAUUGUUGUUCUUAGUGCAGCACACUCAUCAUUUCUACUCAUGUCCAUACAUUUUUCUACAUUUCAUAAGUAGUCAAAAGCAGUGCCCUACUACUAGUCCUCCUGGUCCUGAACAAAUCUAAUGCCUUACAAAAAUGGUCACAGAUCACUACUUAUAUCAGCGCAGACACCCUGUUUUCUCACUAUGGCUAGAGACAGUGUAGUAAGAGUAACCAUGUAUAACACUACAACUGAUCUCAAGCAUGAGGUAUAAAUAGAAGAGCUUGUUAUUGUGGAGAUCUCGAAUAUUGUUUGCAUGGAAGGGGAUCUUGAGGCACAAUCAGUUUUCCAAAUUUGUAAAUGUUUGUAUUGUAAUUAUGUAAUCAUUCAUACACAUAACUAAAGUGAAUAUGUUAUCAUGCAUUACACGCAUGCCAUGCCAUGCCAUGCCAUACCAGGCCUACAUACAUGCAGACAUUCCUCUACUAUGUGUAUAUACUGUAUCAAGCCGGAGUCGCCCCCGGCACAAGCCUAACACUCAACAAACUACUUACUUCAAGCUAAAUGAGUGGGAAGCCAGUUGAAGUCAUUGAAAUUUUAUAGUCCUGUGGUGCGUAGGUUCCCCCUCGCUAAUGUCAUGACAGAGCAGUAGCUUUUUAACACGUUUGACCGUUGGACACAGGGGUUUUGCUAUGCAUCAGAGCUGUAACAGAUCAAAUCUUUUGAUGAUUUAUUUCCCUUCUACAAGUGUAGUCGGCCCUCAUCUUCUGGCAGAAUAAAGAAUAAUCUAAUGUACUAUAUGGGCACAUCUGCACCCAACACAAGAUCCUCUAAACUCUUCAGGAAACAUCAUUCAUCCAAAAAAAAAAAAAAAAAAAGAAGAAGAAAAGACUAUGAAUAAUUAUUGAUUUGCUCCAUCAUUCAAAUCACCACCAUCCAAUGUUGUCAUCCUGUUUUCCACACCGUUAUGUAUGUAGCUCCUAUUUUUGUUUAAUCCCUCAAACCCACACUAUUUCUUGUAUGAAUUUCACGGACAGAACAGAGACUAGUAGCUUUUACCGUUUAAGAAAUCAGAGGUGUUUGAGUAUGGUUGAGACACCAUGUACAAGUAUCUCAGGAUGCUGUUUGGCUUUGGUAAAAUUCUGCCUGGACUAAGCGACAACUGCAAACAACACGGCUAAUGGAUGUCAUUUGCAGGUUUGCAGGCACGCUAAUUACUUUUUUUUGAGAAUCGUACGGUUUACAAAACAACUGGUUAGAAUGACUAUUCAAUAUCUCAAGUGAGGUUUCAACCAAAACACUGCAAGACAGCCAGACACAGAGUAACUGAGAGCAUGAUGACAGCAGGGCUAACAGUGUUUUUAACUGCAGUCGCCCCGUUAGUGUAGUGUGUGCUUUUUUAGUAGUGAAGUGAGUGGAGAUGUUAUUCCAGCUCUGAUCUUACAUAAAACAAAUUCUUUUCAUACUAAUGAAGCAACCAUGAGUUAAAAAUAAGUUUUUGUCACUUUCUUUAAUUCUGUACUGCAUCUAAGGGCUUGGAUUCCUCUUUAAUGUUAACCGACUGAUUUUGGCAAUCCUACAAAGAAAAAAAAAACAAACAAAAAAACAACCUCUGUAACCUGCUUCUCCUGGUGAUAAUGAGUGCAAACUCCAUUUGUCGCAAAACAAACUCAACAUUAUGUCACCAUCCUUCCUGCUUUUCAGCUCCUACAGCCUUAUUAAAGACCCAAUCCAGAAUGACUCCACUCGUGGCAACGCUCUUGUACAAACACCACUUUAAAACUGGACUAAAAAGUUUACAUAUUUACUUUGGAAAUAUGUUUCUCUGCUCCUUAGCCAACCAUUGUGGUCACUCAACUGUCAUAAAUGUGAUCUCAAAAUACAGCAACAUUGUAAAUACUGUCUGGAGCAAAACGGGCUUUCACUUUUUUAUGGAAGUUGCCAUGAGAUUACUUUCCAUGAAGUCAUACAUGUAUAUAGACCAACAUUUGAUGUAUCAGAAAUCCUGGAUUGGGACUUUAAGGAUUUGGUUUUACUGCAUGCCCUCUAUAUGUUCACUGUGGUUGAAAUGAACAAUGACCUGAUUCUAGUGUUUAAUAAUAUUCAAUCUGUGUUAACAUCUAAAGGGAAGAUGAGGCAUCGUUUCUGACAGUCCAAGCCCAUCCUUCAGCCACAGCAUCACCAUGAUUUACCAUGAAAUUAGGAGAAGUAGCAGCCUGCUGGAAGUGUUUGAGUUUUAACUUUAAACGAUGGUGUCUCAGGAUGAAUGUAGGAUUCUUCUUCAAAUAGGCUGUUUGUGUUCAGUGUCGAUGUGGUCAGCCCAGUCUGAUGGCACUACUGGAACAGAUUAAGUAUCUAAUAGCAGCUUUGUCCAGUGUCUUUCAGUUCCUCUUGCACAGUAUCCUGACAAGCCACAUCUCAAAUGUCUACUUCUUCUCAAUUGUAAAAGUUUUCACCCUAAAAUUUGAUUUUACUCCAUUCACACAUAUUUAUUUUUGUAAUACCACUUCAGUGACAGUGCACAGUGCGUUUUUUUUAAACUCAUCAAGCUGCUACCAGAAACUUAAUCUUCUUGCAAAAUGUAAUUGAACAUCUUGAAUUGUACCUUUUGCCCCCUGACAGAGAACUGUGCGCGGCGUGCAAAGGCUCAUUCGGCUGUGCCAAGUAACCACCACACUGACUAUACUAUGUUAAUGUACAGAGCACUCUUACAUUUCCUGUAUUCUCUUGAAAACAAACCCUUGUAUUUUCCUGUUAUAUGUAAAGUACUAAAAGAAAAUGCAAUACACA